AUGUGUGCUUCUUCCCACUCUUCGCAGAUCACUGAUCCGGGUCUGAUGGACUUAAUUCGUCGCAAGAUGAAAUUCAACCUUCCCUAUGCUGGCGUAUUCCUGAAGAAGAAUCCCAAUGAAAUUCAGGUCAUAAAGGACAUUCCAGAUGCGGCCAGUGAUGCUGCCAUUGAUGCCAUCCUCGGCGAUGAUAAAUCCAGUAAGUUUGUUCUAGUAGGACUUUUUUGGGAUCUCACAGUUGUAGGGUCAAUCUUUAUGCAGUAA